UUUUUCCUUGAAUUGUGUCGCAUAUUUGUGUCAAUUUGUGCACGAGUUGGAGUUAUAUGCGCGAACGAGUUAUUUGUUCUUUGUUUUGUAAAUGUGUUCUAGUGUAUUUGAAACAAGAGUCACGUAAAAAGAAUAAAUACGUGAACAGAGUACGCCUGUUUGUUUGUAGCCGAUUUGUGAACGUCUAUAAAAUUGUAAAUCUUCUUUUAUAUAGUUUUAUAUACAAUAGGAAUAAACAUAUUUUUACAUUGUCAGUGUAAUCAUUGUCGAUUACGAUUUUUUUCAAAUAUUAAUAAAAUAUAAGUAAAUCGAGUCGAUCGAUCAUCGUCCCAGGUUUUGUACGUGGCAGUGUAAGCGAGACGGAGAUUCAACCAAUCAUCGAAAUCGAAAUCAAAGGAAAAGCAGUGUUGGAAGCGGCAGAGAAUUUCUACCAACACAGUACCUAGAAUUUUGUUUUUCUUAAACGCACAUCUCUCUCUUUUUCUACCUUUGCCCCCUCCUGUUUUCCCUCCCCCUUGUUUUAAUGGUACCCGUGCCCCGUAUCUGAUAGCGUGCCACGAUUAGUUCUAACAUCAGUUUCGUUCUACGUUCAUGAAACAUUAAACACCAAGUGCUAAAUAGCUAAGUGUCAACGUUCAAGCAGAAUUAAGCCGUUAAAAAAGACGUGCGUAGAAGUAGUGGGAGUUGACCAUUUAUGCAAGAUUUAUCGACGCUGCAAAUUUUUCGAGUAACAACAAUCGAUAAGAUGGGUCUGGGAAACAAGAAUCGUGUCGCGCCUGCUGUAUCCCAUCGAAACGGCGCGUUUCACGAAUUUAGAUCUUCGAGGGGCGUGUUCCACCUUGGAAGGAGAACAACGGGAGAAAAAAGAAAAAGGACGAUCCUUGUUGUGGAUGUCCGAGGAGAAUCCAGAGAUGCGGGAAAUGGCAGCGCGCAUAUGCCGCGAUUACCUCCACGGAGUUUGGAAACACGUUACCGCGGAAAACAUGACAUUGAAACGUAUCAGCGGCGGAUUAAGCAAUUGGUUGUACAAUGUCCAGUUACCCGAUGGAACCGUUCCGAUUCGAGGCGAACCACGACAAGUCUUAUUGCGACUGUACGGUCAGAUACACGGGGAAAGAGCUUUGGAAGGGCUGAUCACCGAAUCGGUCAUAUUCACGUUACUGUCGGAAAGACGACUCGGACCCAAGUUACACGGUAUAUUUCCCGGUGGUCGAAUAGAAGAAUACAUACCGGCGAGACCGUUGCUUACCGAUGAAUUGGCGGAUCCGAUUUUAAGCUGCAUGAUUGCCGAAAAAAUGGCCCAGAUACAUAGCAUGCAGGUUCCGAUAAGCAAAGAACCAACUUGGCUUUGGGAUACUAUGACCAAAUGGUUGGACACGACUACCGACAUAUUAGAAAAUAUCGAGGACGUCGAUGCUCGACAUUUGAAAAACGUCAACGCGAUACGAGCGAUCGACCUAGAUCACGAGAUCAAGUGGUUCAGAUCUCUCGCAACCCGACAUAAAUAUCCAGUUGUUUUUUGUCACAACGAUAUGCAAGAGGGUAAUAUAUUGCUACGGCAAAAUACACGGAAACCAGAACUAGUUCUUAUCGACUUUGAAUAUUGCUCUUAUAAUUAUCGAGCAUUCGACAUAGCAAAUCAUUUCGUGGAAUGGCAGUACGAUUAUACAGCAGCGGAAUAUCCUUUCUUUCAUGAACGCGCAGCAUCUGGUCCUACAAAAGAGCAAAAGCUCAACUUUAUAAGAAGUUACUUAAGAACAGUCGGCAAAGAAGGAUCACCGGAAGAGGAACGAAUCAUGAUGGAAAUCAAGAUAUUCUCUUUGGCUAGUCACUUAUUUUGGGGUCUUUGGAGUAUCGUCAACGCCAAAUUAUCAGAAAUUCCAUUUGGCUAUUGGGAUUAUGCAGUUUCUAGAUUAAAAAAUUACCAGUAUUUAAAAGAGAAGAUUAUGGCUUCUGGAGGAUCGCCGACGAUAGACAACGAUGAUACUGCUGAAAAAAUAACCGUAGAUUGAACAAAUCGAGCGCAUGAUCGUUACGACGAAGACUGUUUCCUUUCUGCAACGUAACGUGACAAAUAAAAGUUUACCUACCAUAUUUUCAUGCGCUCGUAAUUACGUAUCUUGUCAGAAUCACGAUUUACCGUUGUUUCGUGAUACAUGUUUGCGGUUUUCAACAAAAAGAAGAAAAGAGAAAAGAAGAGCGAAAGGAAAAAGCCGGAACAAAGCAAGAUGUGAAAGCCAACGUGUAGACAAGUGGAAGAAUGACGAGCAACGCAUUGAACGCAUGCACGCAAGUGGCCGAGACAGAGGCAACGCGAGAGAAGGAGAGAGUGAAGGGGGGGGGGGGGGGAGAGUGAGCACGAGGGAAUAGGAAUGAAGGGAAGGGGUUAGGCUGUUAAGAAACGUGAAAAGAGAAAAAAGGAGAGAGAAAGGAAAGAAACGAGACGAUGCCUUACUACUACGAUAGACUUGCCUACGCAAACUAUCACGUGCAAUUUCGUUUUGUUUCGUUUCGUGUCGUUUUCAUUCUCGAUGGAUACCAUCGCGACUACUAUGCGGAUACCAUCGCGACUACUAUGUGGAUACCAUGGCGACGUGUGAUUAAUUAAUAUGACCGAAAGAAUCGUCUCCCAGUUUCUCAUAAUGUACUCCCUUCGCCCUAUAAAAGCAGUAUGGGGACUACGCAAAUAGAAAAGGAUCUCUCCCGUGGACAACCCUGGCUUACGAAUUACAAAUGUGAUAUAAGAUAAGAAAUGCGUACGAUAUCGUCCUGACAUCUUAAACUUUUCAGGGAAAUGCUGCUCAACUUUCAAGUCAGCUAUCGAUAUUUUUAGUCGGAUACUGGAAAUCAAAAGGAUCGAGUAUUCCUACCGUUUAUAAUUACAUUAUACAUAUAUACACAUAUACGUGCAUAUACGCAUACAUACGUACGUGUACAUGUAUAAGUAUGUACGCAUGUAUGUAUGUACGUAGAUGAUUUGUACAUAACUACGAUUUUGUUGUACCUGGGACGAAUCAUUAUUAGAAUUGAAAUAGGAAACUUUGUACGCUUAACGUGUUAAACAGCCAAAUCGUACUUUCGAUCGCGUCUCGCGUAUAUAUGUAUAUAUAUAUGUACUUAAUUGCGUUUGUAUCGGAUUUUCUUUGCACGAGCUAAGAACAUUCAUGCUAAAAAACGAAAGCAUACAUAGUAAAUAAACUGAUCAUCGUUAUUGAACGUAUGUAUCUGCGACAAGUGCUGAUAUCAAGAUAUUAUUGUUCAUCGGUAUUUUUCUUCGUGAUUAUCCAAUGAUAUUUGCGUUUUAUUUCUAAUUCUUCCACACCGUGAUAUCGCGUAUUUUUCAUUAGUGCGACAUGUUUCUCGGUUCAACAAAAAACAAUAUUUUAAUAAAGUUGAAAGAAACUA